AUGGGUAGUACACCUUGUAAAGGGUCAGCUAAUACUAACAAACCAAUCACUAUUGCUAUACUCGGUUUAGACAAUGCUGGGAAAACAACAACAACUCGAGUACUUGAAAAAGCUCCAGUCGAUUCCGUUGCACCGACGGUGGGCUAUUCUCAAACAGAAAUUACGCAUAAAAAUGAAAAAAUUAAAUUAAUUGAUUUGGGUGGUGCAAACACAUUUCGAGAAGCUUGGCGUCACUAUUACGAUGAUGCAUAUGGAUUCGUCUAUGUUCUUGAUUCAAGUGAAGAAAAUCGUUUAGGUGAAAAUCGUGAUGUAUUAAAAAGACUUCUACAAGAAGAAAAAGUCAAAGGAAAACCCAUUCUCAUUUUGGCGAAUAAACAAGAUAAAGCUGAAGCACUUGAUAAGAAUACAAUUCUUGAAGAUUUAAGAAUUGAACGGCUUGUUAACGAAAAUCAAACGCUAUGUCGAGUGGAAUUAUGUACAGCUAAAUCAUUAAGUCGUAAUGGAAAAAAUUCUAAAAUCGAUGAAUCUAUUCGACACGGUUUUGAUUGGCUUAUUAAAGUUGUUUAUGAAAAUUUUGAUUCACUAAAUAGACGUGUUGAACAAGAUGUUCAAAAGCGUACUGAAACUGAACAAAAAGCGAAACUUGAACGACAGGAACGUGUCAAAAAAUUACGUGAAGAACGAGACAAAGAAGAAGGUGCGCAAGACAAUAAUGAUGAAGAUGACGAUACAAUUAAAAAUGGUUUUAUUCCCAUUGGACAUGCUGUCAAAAAUGCUGAACGUAAUGCACCAGAAAAAUCAACAAAAGAUAAAUCGAAUCGAUUAUCAAACGAUGAGAGAAUAAGAUCGAAAAUAGUAAAUGAAAAUGCAUCUCUUCCACCAAUACCAGCGCCCCGAUCUUCAUCUCAUUCUCGUACAUUUGCUUGUGAUGACAAUAGUGAUGGAGAAAACCGUCCAAGACGAUAUAGUAUAGAAAAUUCACCAAGAAGAAAAGAAUCACCGGUAGCUCGAUCUACCACAUCAAACGUCGAUGAAAAUCAACAGAUCGACUCAACAGAUGAACAAACAACGAUUCGAUCAAUAACUCGAAAAAAGAAAAAAGUAAUUGGACCAGGUCGAAGUCGUUUAAAUGGUGAUAACCUGCCUCCAUUAGCUCCUUCGUCUGCAUCAUCUCGUCGCGAUGACUUUCCACAAAGCAAGGGUCCACCUCUUGGCACACCACGCCCACAAGCUCUUGUAGCACAAUGGGCUAUAACAAGUCCAAGUCCACAUUCUAAAGCUGAAAAGUUAACAACAAUUACUAGCGACGGAGAACGCGAUGACGAAGAAAAAUAUGAUUCAUUAGAAUCAUCGAAACGAACUGGAUCUCCUCAUCGAAAAAUAACAAAUAGAAUUACACAUGAUAGAGCAAAUCAAUUACCAAGAACUAAUAAUGCCAAUGAUGACACUAAAGAAAACUUAACGCAUGCUGAUUAUCGAACAUCAUCGCGUGAUAAACGAAAUACGCAUUUAGAUAAAGAUGGUGACGAUGAUAACGAUGGUGGAAGUGUAUCACGAAGAUCAACAUCUAAAUCAAAUUCACGUUCAAAAUUAAAUGAUGAAGAUAAUGAAUUUGGUGAAAUUCAAAAAAAAACUAAUCUCAAAGAACAAGAUCGUUACUCGAAACGUGUCGAAAAAAAUGAUGAUGAUGGUAACAUUGAUACUAAUCAAAAUUUAAUGGAUGACGAUUAUAAAAACUCAUCUCGACAUACGCAUUUAAAUAAUAAUGAUGAUGAUGAUGGUGGUGGUGAAAGUUCAUCACGAAGAUCGUCAGCAAGACAGAAAUCACGUUCAAAAUUUAAUGAUGAAAAUGAACAAGAUGAUUUAGUUAAAAAUCGGAAAAAAUCUAACCCAAAAGAACAAGAUCUUUUUUCAAAACAACGAAUCCAUAAACAUGAUAAUAAUAAUGAUAAUGAUGAGGACGAUGAUUUUAAUCCGCGUUCAAAUAGACGAACACCAUCAUUAUCAGCACGUAAAACGGCCGCUGGUGAUUCUUCAUAUCGAUCUCAUUCAAGAACUGAUAGAAAUGUUGAUGAAGAUUUGCAAUGA